AUGAAAUCAGUUGAAUUAAAAGCAGAAGCAAGGAAGCUGCAGUUAUCAACAAUCGGCACGAAGGAAGUAUUAAGAAAGAGACUGCUCACACAUAUCGAAGAAAUAAAUAAAGAAGCAGACGAACAAACAGACGAAGAAACAGACGAAGAAAGAGACGAGGAGAUGGACGAAGUCACGGAAUCGGAAUAUGAAUACGAAAAAACGAAGAGAAGUCCUCCGUCGUCGUUCUUGAUUCGAGAUGUGGAAGAUAGUCUUCCAAAAUUUGAUGGAGAUGGUUUAGUCUCAGUAAAAAAGUGGAUAGACCAAUUCGAAGAGAUGGCAGAAAUCCUCCAAUGGAACGAUCUGCAAAAGUUGAUCUAUGGAAAACUGAUGCUGCRAGGUUCCGCUAAGCAAUUUGUAGAAUCGGAGCAAGGUAUCAUCACGUGGCCAGCUUUAAAAAAUAAGUUAUCUAGUGAGUUUAAAGAUAUUGUCAGUAGCGCGACGAUCCACGCUCAGUUGGUUGAAAGAAAGAGACGGCCGGAUGAAACAGGUCGUCAAUAUAUCUAUGUGAUGAAGGGAAUAGCAGCAUUAGGUAAAGUAGAAGAAAGAGCUCUGAUAGACUAUAUAAUUAACGGGGUGGUAGACGAAGAGAUGAACAAAGGGAUUCUAUAUCAAUCACGAUCUCUAGAAGAAUUAAAAAGAAAUAUGGAAAUUUACGACAUUAUGAAAGGAAAGUCAAGAGCUACGAAGAGUUCAAGCAGAGGUGAUAAUGCUGACAAAAGAGAAAGAAGAACGGAGGAAGUUAAGAUGACAAAAUUACGAUGUUUCUCGUGUGGUUCACUCGAUCAUAAUAUAAAACAAUGUCCGAUGGUAGAGAAAGGUCCAAAUUGUUUCCGUUGUGACGAAUUUGAAGACAUUUCAAAGGCUUGUGGAAAGCGUGUCAACCUUAUCGCCGCUUCGGAAGAUUCAAAGUCGAUGGCGAUACAGGAUAAAGUGGUGAAAAUGUGUACAAUACGAGAAAACGAAGAGAAGGGAAAUAUCCAGAACCACGCUGAGCGAGAAGAUUUAGAAGAAGAAAUCAAGAACCACGUCGAACGAGAAGAUGUAGAAGAAGAAAUCAAGAACCAUGCCGAACAAGAAGAUGUAGGAAAAGAAGUUCAGAACCACGCUGAACGAGAAGAUGUAGAAGAAGAAAUCAAGAACCACGCCGAUCAAGAAGAUUGUGCAAGAUCCGACGACGAAGAAGACGCCGACACAGUGUUGAGCGAAGAGACAACGAAAGGUGUUUUUAUUAUAACGGUGCGUGAGUUAGGUGUUAGACCACAGUGUGCGAAGGAAGUAAAUCAGUUGAAUAAAGAUCAUAAACCCGUAGAAAAGGUAAAAACUCCGAUAGAAGUACGAAUUAAGUUGAAUGAUAAUAAAUCCGUAGUGUUAAAAUCGCGUAGAUUAGCUCCGUGUGAURAAGAAAUUUUAUACGAACAGAUAACGCAAUACUUGGAAGAAAGUGCUGAAAGUGUAUCACCUAGUGAAGUUGAAAAAUUUAAAGAGUUUGACGAAAAAGUAGAAGUCGUGCCUCCAGCCAAAGAAAAGAUCGCAGAACCAGCAGACAAAGAGGAGCCAAAAGAAGAUGUUGCACAGGAAAGGAUGAAGAUUAUAGAAGAAAUAUUAUCAGAAAAUGUUGAAAAAAUACAAGAGAAAGCAGAAAUCAAACCAGAAAUAAAAAUUGUAGAAGAUUUGAUAAAGAUCACGGUGGAAGAAAGCAAAGAAAAAAUACCAAUGAUAGAUGUUGUAAAAAGUAAACUUGAAAAGCCUACAGUAACUGCAUUUGUAAUUCCAGAAAAAAUAAAAACAACGGUUAAAGUGGAAUCCACGGGAGAAAUCAAAGAAGAAGAGAUUGAAAAAGACGAAACAAUGUUGAUAUCCGAAGAAAAGAAAAUAGAAGCGAUUAAGACGAUUGCAGAACCGCGACCAUAUGAAGAUUUCACGUUGGAAAACGGCCUGUUGAGAAAAAGAAAAGAACGCGAAAAACAGUACGAAGAAGAAACUCAAUCUUCGGGGACCGAAGAUUCGCAGAAUGGCCGAAUGUAG